UCAUGCUCGUUUUCGACCGUACGUGAAGGCAACACUACAUUGCUUUACUUUACUGAGCUCGUGGAGUAUCUUAUUCAACAACGGCUGAGUUUGGGGGACUAAAUUUAGCUUUAUGAUCGGGGUUUUGUCAUAGUAACUAGAAAUUUUACCUGACAUAGAAACGUGGCGGUGUUUUCACCGCUUUUGUAGUCGGGGUAAAGAAGAAACUUCCAGGUUAAAUCUGGGAGGAUGCGAGCAGCCGAUGGAGCGCUGACUGUAUGGAUGUAGCUGGGACACGAUGCUAGCAAGCUAACUGGCCGCAGAGGGCAUGGUGUGGCUCUUAUCGUUUGCUUCAAUCGAAAACAAGUAACAAGAAGUCGAUCAGCUGACAUGGAAGUCACUGGAGAAAUCAGCGACACAGACAGCGGCAUCAUUCUUCAUUCGGGCUCCGACAGUCCCACUACGCAUGCAAAGGAUGUGACCACACACACGCGGGCCAUGAAGCUGAAACACCAGGCGCUCCAAGACCGGCUGGAGAUUUGCAUACUGGAGCUGAAGAAGCUCUGCAUCCGAGAGGCUGAGCUGACGGGUCAGCUGCCAAAGGAUUACCCUCUGCUACCAGGAGAGAAGCCUCCACAGAUUCGCAGACGCAUCGGCGCUGCGUUUAAACUGGAUGAGCAAAACAUUCCUCAGGGAUCAGAGAAUUCAGAACUGAGUCUGGUGGAUGUCGAUUUGGCGCUUCAGACGAAGAUAUACGAAGCGGCCCGCAAGCUCUGUGAUGAAGAUCACCUGAGCAAGUCUGUCAAGAAGAGUCGGAUACUUCACAGCAAGACUGAAGAAGAGAAACUCAAGAAGCUUCAAGAAAAGGCCUUUCAGCUGCGGCUGGAGCACGGCCGAUCAUCGCCACUCCCCGGUCUUGCUGUUACACAACAAGAUCUUGGCACAUCUGAUGACAGCUCUUUAUCUGAUUCUGCGGUGCAAGAUGAAGAAGUCACAAGCCAGUCCUCGCAGCCAUCCUCUGGUCUUCCUUAUCCAGUGGAAACGGAUUCGCCCCGGCCGCUCACCAUGUCCUCACGUUCCUGCGUCGACAGCUCCUACAUGUCUUCAUCAGCGGCUCCUCGGUCGCCGCUGUCUAACCCCUGUCAGUCUCCCUGCCCCAGCGUCGACUCCAAGUUGAGUUUUACCUCCAGCCCUGUGUACGACCCUCCUCCCAUCCAGCACUCUCCGUGGUCGGAGUCCAGUCUCGACCAGCCGUACCAGAAGAGCAAGAAGUCGCGUUCCUCCAGCACAAAGAGCAGUCCAGCCAAAUCUGAAUUGUUGCCACCGUUGGAGGCUUGCUUACCUCAACAACUGUCCCAUAUGAGACUGGGCCGCACCCAGUCCAGCAGCACCCCCUCCACUCCAGAGAUGCGUGUGCACAGACAGCUCUCCCUCAGGGUGUCCAAUCCUGAAUCGUCAUUUUACAAGGAGCGUGGCCGUACCAGAGGUCCCAGGCGACGUCUGACAGAAUACCAGAUAAUGUUACCAGAGACUCAUUCUCCUACGAUGAGCUACAGCAGCUGCGCUAGCUCUGAGGACAGCAACUCUGAACGCUCCUUCUCCAUUCACAGCAACUCCCCGGGUCAGGAGUUCCCCUCUCAUCCACGCAGACAGUAUCAGGCUACACCCCCGCUCUGCAGCCCAGAAGGCAGCUAUGGACCUCAAGGUCUCGCUCCCACCGCCUUUCAUCGCAACCCCGGGUCUCUAAUGAGUCCUGCGGUCCAGAGACCGUAUUACGAUGAUGAAAUGGUCUACCCCGCCGACAUGGACCUGACUCGGCUCCGUAUCCCGCAACAAACGGCUUGCUCCCCCAACACAUAUGAAUAUUAUUACAGAAAAGCUGCUAUUCCCCACCAGAGAGCACAGAGGCCUGUGCCUCCUGAGAUCAGGCUCACCCCCCCAGCACAGACGGACAACGUGCACUACGGCUGCCACGGUCUCCCACGUCAGGUGGUGAACGAGCAGCUGAUGUCCUGGCACCGCCGCAGUCAGUUCAAAACGCCACGGUCUCGCUCUCUGGACAGACAGGGAGCAGUCAGGCUGAAAAACAUGUCGACACGAGAGUCAACCAGCUACCAGAGUCAGAAACUCCACGACCAAGUUAUCCAAAGAGGAGCCAUGCAUAAAGCUGCAGAAGAAGCUCCACAGCACUGGAUGAUAGACAAUGGCUCUCACUACAUGAGUCAAGUGUGAAGAUCAGAGAUUAAUUCACCGACUGCAGUUUUACAUGUUGAACCACAAUGCAUUGGUCUGAAUAUCAAUUGUAUUGUCAGAAGGUAUUUUUACCAUUCUGUUUACUCACUUUGUUUCAUUUGCGCACAUAAAAUGAGGACAAAGGUUGGAACGUCUUGCCAACAGAAAUCAGCAGAAGGUCAACAUUUCCUCAGCAGAGUUGAAUUUGCUGCAGAUGUUUAGAUUUGAUUUAACAUUU